AGUGCAUUUUGGCACAAGCCAGUUUGCGGCGACCGCGCUUCCUUUCUCCUCGCGGCGCUGCGGCACUCAGAGUUUGUUUGGGAUUUAGUGAUUUGGUCGUGAGUUUCGAUGGAGCUGGAUUCUGGUGCUGAUGAAGUAUCUCGGCGUACCCUUUUCCGACGGUGGUUCUCGUCGGACAUUGAGUUGACGACGCUGCAGCAGCACUGCGGGCCAUCGUUGGUCGAAUUGGGAGUUAGUAUUCUCGAGCUGAAUUUAUUCAAACUUUUCGAGUGCCAGCAAUUGGUCGAAGCUCCGACGGUCGUGAUUGCAUCAUGUUUGUGCCCAUCACCGGCAGCAGUGCAGCCUCUAUGUGACCUUCUUCGCAAGUAUGCCAAGUUCUCGCCUUCGCCCAGUGAGCGGAGGAGCUAUUUCGAGGCCAUCGCGUACGAGGCCAUGGUGGGCCAGUUGCCGUGGGCUACUGUGAUUACCCUUUGCAGGCAGACUGAUCUUCUGAAGUUGGGCGAUUCUCCUUCGACGGUGUCGCCGGUCUGUCCUAUCGUGGGGUUUCGUCCGAAGCAGUGCUACCUGGACGAGGGUGGUCAGCUGCAGUGCCUAGCAGGUGGAGACCGGCUCAUUGCACGAGGGCUUCGAGGAGGACCCAUCUCAAUCGACGCGCACGUCGACGUGCGCGGGUUUCUCGACCUGAUCGGCCUAUUGACGACGGCGACAGUUCACGGCAUGCAGGUGCUGUCCGUUGGCGAAUGGGAUGGCGCUCUCAGUUUAACUUGCGGGGUGCAGGUGCGGAAUCGCCUUCAUCAAGUGGCGAGUCGCUCGUCGCAGCCGCUGGUGGAACCCGCGCUCCGUAUUUUUGCCACCAAGCUCAUGGGGGGCCAGAACCAAGCGUACAGCUACGACGAAUACUACACGUAUGCCACAGAUCGGAAGAUCCAGCAGAUCAUGAACGCAUAUCUCGCAUCGGGGGCCGACGGCACAUUAUUCACAGAAGCGGGCUUUCCGCGUGAUCUACUACAGCCUCAUGUGUCGGUCAACGCGGCGGUCAUGCGGUUCUUCGCUGAGGUUGCGAUUCGGGCCCCAGGUUUUCCAGUUCAAGCACUAUAGUGGCGUUCGCAGUCGGCUGGCGUGGCAGGGCGCGGUGCUGCUAUGAAAGUGGAAUUGUAUUCAUUUACGGCAUUUUUGUCGGUGGCGCGGCCAACUGUGUAAUUCCUGAUGUGCAAUUGGGUGCUUUUGGAAUCAGUUUUCAGUGCUGCCAGUCGGAAUUCAUCAUAUGCAAGGUUUGCGUGUUUGACAACUGCGGUCUGGGAUUUCUGCCCUGGUUGCUGAAGGCAACGCUGGCGCGGAUGUCUUUAUCUUGUUGUUGUCGCCCAUGUCUUUCGACCUUGUUCUCUGGGGCAUGUUUCUUGGUAGAUGAAGGCUCUGGUGAUCAGAAUCAGUAUGUCUGUUCGAAUUCAACGGUGCGUAUUAUGCUGGCUCUCGGCUUGCGCACGCGGGCGUUUCGCCCGUUAGCUGCGAUAGUCGGUGUUCAAAUCAAUAGUUUGGCGGAGCUGCAUCUGUUAUAGCAUGGCGGUUGUGGUGUUAUCACUACUUCAUGGACGGUGAGGUGGGCCCCAGGCCGUGCGUCAAGAUCAACGAGGGCCCGUCCGCCGCCCUCCUCCUCGUCUGAGCUUCGAGGCUGGGCGGCGGGCGGACAGCGACAGUCAGAGCGUUGUCCUCGAUCACUCGUUUUGCGACUGGUG